GGGAUAGAACUCAGGUCAUCAAGCUUGCCAGCAAGCACUUUUACCUACAGCCUCUGUUUCCUCUUCUUGUAAACAUAUCCUCUCCAGUUCCCCUGGGAGCAUAGAGAAGGCAGGAGCUCCACAGAAUGAAGCCCUUGUGUGUUAUCUUUCUUGAGAUGGCUAAAGUAGGGGCAAGAAAAAAUCUGGACGAAAAAAGGUUAAGACAGUAAUCAGGUAUUGGGAAUGCUCAGUCCGGGAAGGGUGGGCUCAGGACAUGGCAUGCCAGGCAGGAAGGGCACCCCUGCUCUCUGAGUAGGAGGCCCUCGGGAUCUACUGCUGCUCAGCUUCCUUCCACAGCACUGGCACCAUGCAAGGCUGCCUGUGGAGAUGCAUCAGAGUCAUGGCAUCCUUCGUCAUCCUGGGAUUCUUUAUUCGAGAGAAUAAAUCAGCACGUGUCGAGUAUAAUACAUUGCAGAAUGAAAAGAAGAAAAUAAUACAGCAGAUAGCUCAGGAGCAAAUCAGCUCUGAAAUCAAGAACCAUUUGAAAUACUUCACCAAGAUGCAGAAAAGUUCCCGUGUACUCCAGCAUGCCAACUACACAUUUCUGGCUGGAACCUCUCUCCAGGGAAGGUGGAUGCUGACCGUGGGGAUCUCCUCAGUGCAGCGUACCCCUGGCAGUUACCUCUUGGACACCCUGAAGUCCCUGUUCCAAGCUUCCACAGAAGAAGACUUGGAAUAUAUGCUGGUACUGGUCCUUCUGUCAGACACUGACCCCAAAUGGCUCAACCAAACAGUUGCCAACAUUUCAGGUCUCUUUCUGCCGCACAUUGAAUCCGGGAGGCUGGCAGUGGUCCACGGUCUGCUUGGUGGCUCCUUGGCAAAGAGUGUAAAUCAUACCUCACCCUGUGAAGCGCUUUAUUCUAGGCAGAAAACAAGUUCUGCCCUCCUCAUGAAUUUUGCCAGCAAUCUCUCUGACUACUUCCUGUUGCUAGGAGAUAAUGUGAAGUGUGCCCCCAGGUUUGUGUCUGACAUCUACUGGGCAGUGUUAGCCUGGGAAGAGCUCCCCUGGGUGACCCUGGACUUCUCUAGCAUGAAGAUCUCUGGGAAGGUUUUCCACACCUGGGACCUCCCCCGCCUGAUCGCCUUCUUGCUCCUCUUCCCCAUGGACGUUCCCACUCACUUGCUUCUCUCUGAAUUCAGUCUUCUCCUGUCUCAAAAUGUUCCCAUUCACUUCAGUUCCUCCAUCUUCUACCACAUGGGCAGUUACUCUGAUCUUGAAGACACAUGCUUUCCUGUGGGGCAAGACAAAGACUUGGGAGAACCAGACAACCCUGUUGCUACUGUCUUCACGGACAUGUUCUCAUUUUGGAAUACGAUUCCACAAUAUGCCUACAUUCUCAAUGAUGACUGCUUAUGGGUCAUGAACCCUGAAAAAGGCAACUACUUGCUGGUGAUCCUGGAAAAGCCACAGAAAGUCGUCCGGGUAGCAGUGUGGACAGGCUCUGCUCGGACUAAGUUGAACUACUUACAACAGGGGCAGGUAUUGCUGGGCUAUGACCCCAUGGACUACCCCAAACGCUGUGCUCACUAUACCUUAGUAGGACCUUUGGUGAGAGGUCAGUUGGACCAGAGGGUAUUUUAUGAGGAAGAUUCUGUGAUGGAGAUUAGUUGUAUAAAACUGCUGGUGACAGCAUCUCAUGACUUCCCCGUCAAAAUCAUACAGAUCAGAGUCUGGACGGAAGGGGAACAAGAGGAAAAUUAGAGGUUCUGGGAAAUUUCUGCAAGGACUGGGUCUAGGAAGAGAGAAAUAAAUCCAUCAAUUGACCAAGAA